CAGCAAAAAGAAAAAAAAAAAAAAAAAACGUGACGGGUAUUGGGAUCGGUUAUUUUGCAGAUUUUAGGUCUGUAUGGGUGGGAAUGCGGGCAAGGUGAUCUCCAUGGUCUGGCUCUGGUAUUGUAGCGGAGGACUGAUGAUUGGGAUGUACGGAGUACUCAUACUCGUGAAAAGAAAGGCACAGUGCUACUCACUCGAGUACUCGAGUACUACGGAGAGUAGUCUAACUCUCUCGCACCUUCGCACCGUUGGGAUUCCCAGGAGAGAGGCCCUGACCCGCAGUACUUCCUUCUGGUGGGUUGCAGCAGCCAGUCGAGCUUCCUCAUGCGGCGAUGCGAAACGAUACAUAUCCAGAUCCAACCUAACCUACUUAUCACUACAUGAGGGUAAAAAUCGACCUUACUUCAGGAAUUAUUAUAUUCUCACAAGUUCACCAAGUGAGAAAGUGUGGGAAAGUCCACCGAACAGCAUACGUAAAAAACCUUGACUUGAGUUCAACCAAUUCCCACCCUGGGCGGCUCUAUCCGGUACCUCGACUGUUUUGACGACGCUCCGCAGCGGCAAGACUGGAUAUGGGAUGUGGAUGGAUGGAUGGAGUUUGUCCAAA